GAGUGUCCUUUCUCUUUUUUUUUUCUCUCACUAUUAAUAUAGGCGAGAAACCGAGUAGAAAGAGAGCGAGCGAAAUUCAAGCAAUUAAUUACGUUUCCCCCCCUCAUGUCAGCUGAAGGUAUAGUCACCAGUAGUCCAAUGAUGUCACUUCCGAACCCAUUUCCAACACCAUACAGGAUUCUUCUCCAUUCUAUCAGCCAAGAGCUGCAAAAAGACCACGUGGAUCAGCUAAGGCUGUUGUUCAAGUCUGAAGAAGACCAAGGAAUGGGUUUUACAAUUGAAGAUGUUGAUUCCAUCAGAACAGGAACCCAGUUGAUCCUCAGAAUGGAGGAUCGAGGAAUCCUGUCAAGAGGUAACCUCCAUGCACUGAAAAGAGGUCUCCAUCUCAUCAACAGAAAAGAUCUUGUUGAUAAAGUUGAUACCUAUCUGAGCAUCGACUGUGAUCAAGAUGGCGGAGGUUAAACGGAAGUGACGAAGAGGACUUUUGCAUAACAUAUCACUAUGUGAUAUGUUAUGCUUGGAGAUUUAUACAACUGAACUCAUUAACGACGGACAUUGGACUCCUGGUGAAAUAUGCCUUCAGCUGACAUGAAAUGUCGCCGUGACGACAUCGCCCCCCAAAAGAAACAAAACAAAAAACUCAACUCAACAAACCAAACCAAACCAAACCAAACCCAAACUACGCUUCGAAAGGUGGCGUUGGUUGGGGGAGGCAUGAUUAAUUUUUGUGUUUCCCUCAACGUCGCCACCCAGUUCCGACCCUAUUCAAACUACACAAAACUAUGAAUUACUGUUUAGCUAGGAACUGGGUGGAAAGUGGUGAACUUUGCUGUCCCAUGCUUUUAAGCAUGUGGUGGUGAGGUUCAUUGUUGGGAGAUGUGAAAAUUGUUUUAGUUAGGUAACGAAUUAUUAGAUGUAGAUUUAGGAUUUAUUAAGAGUAGAAAUAUAAUUCAGAAUUAACGCGCUCAUUAGUGUGACUAUAACAGUAAAUUAUCAACUGAAAUGAAACCAUCUGCUAUGAGAGUUUAAUUUGAAUAACUAGCACUUCAAAGUCAAAGUUAAAUUUUGCAGUAAACCAUUUCGUCAUACAAACACAUUAACAAUGUUCAAAGCUAAACACAACUAUGCACAUCAACUUCCGAUAUCAAAAGAAUUUGAUAGGAAUAUGAUGACAGAACAUUUAAGAACAUCUAAAUAAAGAAAUGUGUCAAAAUCUACUAAUGCAAACUUUAGACAUUGCUGAGUUGAUAAAAACAUGGAGGUUAAAUUAAAUAACGAACUGUUAUAGUUUUGCAUGUUUUUUUUAUUGUCUUAAUUAUUGUUGAUUAUAAAAUCUGAACGAUGAAUGCAAUUCGAUCAGUUAAUCUCUCUAUCUGCCCGGGUAAUUGACUCAAAACUCACUAAUAUGUUAUAGUUCCCGGGUGGAUUUAGGAGAAGCAUUGGUCUUAUUGUGUUAUAGAUUUAUUGAAGUUAAUUUGCCAAAUAACACUUUACCCAGCAGAGUGGGUACAGGGUUAUUGGGCACAUAACAGAGUGCUUUAGUAAUUAUGGAGAAUGUAAUAUUCCAGAAUCUCAAUUAAUAAAAAGCUUUGUAGUG